CUUAUUCACUCGUAGUCGUUACGAACGGCGAUCUGUGAAAAAAUGUCUUGAACUGUAAUAAUAUAUUGUUAUGGACAUUUAAAAACAUCUUGAACGGAAUAUCGUUAUUAACAGGCCACAGCCAUGUUCGAAGGCAUUGUGGCGUCGUUGUUGAAUAGGUACUUGGGCAAGUACAUAGAAGACUUGGACUUGGAAAACUUGAACGUGGGAAUAUUCAGCGGCAACGUGCUGCUGUCCAAUUUGAAAUUGAAAACCGAAGCUCUUUAUGAGCUUGGAUUUCCGAUAGAAGUAAAAGCCGGCUCCGUAGGCAAGUUCAACAUAAACAUACCGUGGAAUGGACUGUCCAAUCAACCAAUCGUGAUAAAAAUUGAAGAAAUACUCAUCAUCACCGGGCAUGUCCUGGACAGAGAAUGGGAUACAGAACUGGAAAAACGGCUGAUGAGAGCCAUGAAAAAAAACAUUUUAGAAAAAAUAGAGAGUACUUCGAUUUUUGGUAGCGGACCUAUGGAGAACGGCGGAUUUAUCGAAACCCUAAUGACGACCGUCAUGAAUAAUUUACAAAUAUUCAUAAGAGGUAUUCAUGUAAGAUUCGAAGACACUAUUAGUAAUGUAGACUCUCCCCGAGCGUUGGGCUUGUGCGUGCAGUCCAUUUCGCUGGAAACCACCAACAGCAAGUGGAAACCGAUUUUGUCUCAACAGCGCGGACAGUCGUCGGUUUAUCAGAUCGUUAAAAUAGAUUCUGCUUCGGUUUACUGCAACACGCUGUGCUCGAAUUUGCUAUACAACAACAAAACCGUGGUGUCCAAUUGGCAGGAAAAAAUGCGGUCAGCAUUAAACAAUUUUAACAUAGACGAAGAACCUCUCGAAUUCGUACUUAAACCGGUGGUGUUGAAAGUCAAAAUUAUCGUAAACAAGUCUAAUGAAGCUCGAGUGCCCAAGCUACUAGUUGACUUUGUGUUGCAAGACGCUGCUUUGCAGUUGUCCAGAAAACAAUUUGUCUCUCUAAUGGAAAUUGCUGAGUUUAUGAAACUGGCCGAAAUCAACAGAUCGUUCCGGGAUAUACGGCCGCGCGCCGGAGUAGUAAAAAACGCCAAAAACUGGUGGUCUUACGCUUACAAGUGUGUGCUGCGUCAAAGAGCCACUAUGUAUUGGCAAAAAAUAAAAACGCACAGGAAAAACUUUAGGAGCUAUAUAAACGCGUACAAGAAAGUCUUAGUGAACCCCAACGACACCGAAUUAAAACUAGACUUGCAGAUGCUCGAAGACGAAUUGGACAUUUUCAACUUGGUCUUGGCAAGAGAACAGGCGAAAAUUGAGCUGUGCGAAAAGAAUCCAGAGAGUGUUACCAUACAAGAGUUCGAGUCAAAAUGGUGGGGUUUGACGAAUGCCAAACCCUUGUACAGGUUGUGCUUGACGUGCGACAAAGGCAAGACUUUCUGGAACUUACUUAGUCAGUCGGAGAAGGAUCGGCUCAAUGACUUAUUGGGUCGUGCAGAAGGGGCGGAUGUAAUUCGAGUAGCUACACCUAAACAAUAUAUAGAGCACAAGAUUAAUUUAACAGUGGCCAAUUGUCUGAUGAGUCUGAUAAGCGGCAGCAACGAGUUAAUGGUAAUCACCGUUGGUCAUCUGAUGAGCAGUCUGGAGACGAGACCAUCGGCCAAGGCGUACAAGAUAUCUACUCGGGUCGAGAGCAUAAACGUGGAGGCGUCUGUCGAGUACAGUUUAGUUCCCAUCAUUGACACUUGCACAAUGAGAGAUAAUUCGUCCAAGUACUUCUUGAGCGUCGACUUCGAAAAAAACCCACUUAAUUCGGACGCCGAGUACGGGUUGAGCGUCACGUCGGAGUUGGCUGAAAUUGUUUAUCACGAAUUCGCUUUAUCUGCUCUGCUCAGCUUCUUCUAUUACAAUCAAAAAAUAAACAUCGAGAACCUCGUUAAAAACGUAUACGAUUACAUUGCCGAAAUGGUCGAAAAUGUGUUCAAGUCCAAUCGACCGGAAUCCAAGUAUAAGAAAAUGUUGCUGAAUUUGGACUUGCAACUGCCGUACAUUGUCAUACCGGAAUUUGGGUCCAUCCAGAAAUGCGAGAAUGUUAUGAUACUGGAUUUUGGUGCAAUCAAAAUCAAAAGUGAUCUACAGCCAGACGCCAUAUGUCUGGACGACGUCACUCAAAUGGAAAUGGAAGAGAAACUCUAUGAUAGAUAUCACAUCGACGUGGAUGGAUCUCAAAUGAUCUUUUGCAAUUCAGAAAAUGAUUGGAGAACACUAAAAACCCAAGCGGACUCGUCAUCUCACAUCGUAUCGAAAACAGUUACUCAGAUUGUGAUCUCCAACAGCAUCAAACCGGAGUACAAACAAUUAGCCAAGCGAAAGGUUAAUAUUUCCGUACAGAGUAUCAAAUUGAACUUAUCCGAUCACAAAAUCAGCUCCAUAUUAGAUUUCAUCGAGAACACUCCUCUGCCUACUAACCAUGUUUCAUCGGCCACGUUGAAAAAACGUUACAGCACCGGCGAUGAAAUUAACACGUGUGACAGGAUUGAUUUGCAUAACGGAGAAGGCGAGUUAAAAGCACUCAAGUCGUCUUUGGCGCUAUACCUGAAAACCAAAGGAGUGUGCGUGAGGUCCAACGAAGAAAGAGUCGAAGUGAAAAAAGCGUUUAGAAACGUCGAAAGAAAGAGCCUCGUGUCGUCAGAAAUGAGCGACGAAGAGUUUGCUGAGCUCUGGGCUCGCACCGUUGACUUACCCGGGUUUGACGACAACGUUUCGCCGAACAACACCAUCACUUCGCUGUUUAGAUUUGUCAUGGGAGAAUUGUCAGUGAAUUUCCACCGUUCUAGCGACAAGGCGGAAAAGCCGUACUUGAACUUGACAAUGAAAAGAUUCUGUUGUGAUGUCGCCGUCAUGGAGUACGGCCCGGCAAUACAGACCUCUAUAGGAUCAAUUAGCCUGUCAGACGUACAGCACAUUUGCAAAAACAACGAAAACGUCAGGUUGCUCUGGAUCAACCCGAACGCGCCGACACAGGAUUCAAUCAACUUACUUUAUCGAAAAGUGAGAGCCAGCUGUCCAGAUUUCAAAAGCCAUUUCCAUAGUGUAGAAAAAUCACUUGUCCUCGACCUGAAUCACGUGGACAUCGUGUGCCAUCGAGCCGCCAUCAUAACGCUUUAUAAAUACCUACAGUACGUCACGCUUAAGUUUAGCAACAGACGGAUGUGUGCGGCGCUGACUGUGGAUAAUCUCAAGAAACGCAUUAACGACCAUUUUAUUGACGACGAUCCGCCCGUACCACCCGGUGCUACCAAGUUCAGCUACUCCGCACGCAUCACCCACAUAAACGCUUUGGUUUGCGACACCGGACUGGAUUUCCUGAAUGUCAAGGCCGGAGGAUUGGAAAGCGAUUGCACUUUUAAAGCCAACGAUCGAAUGGUGUUUCGGUUGUACGUGAUGAGCACGAGCGUCGACGAUUUGUCCGAAGUCACGCUGUAUCCCAAGCUAUUUUACACGGACGAGGAUAAACUGUUAGAGUUCAAAUAUGUGCGUCACAAUCCUCGUCUGUACAAAACCGACAUUGAAACGAAAAAAGACGACGUCAAGUUCGACGGCAGCGUCAAGUUACACUUGGGACGCGUGCACGUCACCGUUUUAUGUAACGUCCUAUUGGACUUCCAAUACUUUGUAGAACCGAUUAUCGCCGAGGAAAUAUUGGACUUCGGGCGACGCUUAAGGGGCAUACUGGCGCCGUACAUGCCGGAUUUGCGCAACGGAUGGAAGAGUAAAAUACACCUGUCGAUAUGUCUCAAUUGUCCGGUGGUGCUAUUUCCACAGAACUCAACUUCUCCAAACAUAAUUCUGUGCAAUAUGGGAGACCUGACGAUAGAAAACUUUUUCAAACAACAACCGCAAAAGGACUACGACGGUCUCGGAGUCGUCGACAACGUUUUAGCCAAGUGGGACGCACUAAACGUAUCCAGAGCCAUUAUGACACUGGACGGAAAUCUCGUUAUUCAAGAACCCAUGGUCGAGCCUUUUAGUAUUCGUUUGGACAUCAAGAGAAAUACGACCAAUGAAUUGUUGUACAGCAUAAAUGGUGGCAUCGACAGCGUGCAGAUCAAUUUGGGUCAAAAAGAUUUCGCCACAUUCCUGCACGUAUGGGAUGAAAACUUUGAGUCCGGACGGUGCAUUGACGAAAUGGCAACACUGUUAAUGCCACACAUGACCGAAGCACUGGAAGAUAAUGAUUUAAAAAAGAUACAAGUAUUCUUCAACCAUGAAAUAUCGGUUCAAGAAAUCGAUUUCAAGUUUUGUUUAGACAACGUACAAAUUGCGUUAUUCGGAAACUCCGACGAGAUAUUGAGUUCUCCAAUACGUGACGUAAACCAUUCUCUAUGUAAGUUGGAUAUGGACGAAAUACAUAUAAAGGUGGAAAUGUAUUCGAACAACAGGGUAGCUAUGAAUGCUUCCAUUCAGAAAUGUGUACUGGAAGACACCAGAAGGCUGAACAAAUCGGAAAAAAAGAUAUUCGAUUCGGUUGGUCCAUCGGAUUCAGCUGGUGAAGUGCAUAUAUCGGUUUUGACGCCACCGUUGUUUGAUUUGUCCUUCGAAAAGACUUGUAGCGGUGAUAAAACCAUGAACAUCCAUUUGGACAAGACCCGGUUAAACAUUUCAGUGCCAUUCGCUGUGGAACUUUCUCAGUUUAUCUUUGACUCGCUGCCGUCGAAGAAAAAAUUAUCUGACGACGAAUCGUUAAUGUCGCCGACCAACAGGAUGGACGGGCGCAGGAAGUACAGAUACGAGAGACCUUUGGCGGAAAAGAAAUCGCUAAACGUUAUCAAACAAUCGGCACUAACGAUAUCGGUUCGGUUCGGACGACCGGAAAUAGCCAUAUUACCUCCGGAAACGGAAGAACUGGAUUAUCGCGAUCAAGCGUUGCUGUGCAAAACCGAGUUCCUAUUGGAUUAUAGCCGUCAUCCGGGACACGAGGAGGCGUUGGUGUUCUCUCUGUCGAAUUUCCACGUGUUAGCCGUGUCGUCAAAACGAAAAGCCCAAAAAAUGGUUUUACAUCCGUGCGACAUAGAGCUCUCUAGAACGAUAAAUUCAGGAGACCGUGACGCCGUUGACAUUCUCUUCCGUUCCAGUCCUCUGAACCUAAAUUUGUCGACAAGCACAAUUCAUAUAAUUCUCAAUGUCGUUGACUAUAUCGAAUUGAAUUGCGAGGAAGACGUGGAUUUCGGUGGGUCUUCUUAUUGGGAGUACAAGACCGAAGAUUUGUGGACUCCAAAAUCGAUAACUCCCAGCUAUUCGCCCAGUGCGGCCGCGGCAAAGAAUCCGGUUUUGUGGUUUUUACACUCAAAGUCUUCCGACAGCAUCGACGUGAAAUCAGAAAAUCUCGAGAUCUACGCGCAAGACAUACACGUUUCAUUGGAAGUAGAAGAGCUCGACUUGGAAGACGUACCUAUUAUCAAUUUGAAAUCAUCUCUGAAAAUGCAAAUCAAAGACUGGUCCGACCAACUGCGUUUGAACGGCAGUUUCAACUUAAGAGCUUUGUACUACAAUUGCGAUUUAAGAGUUUGGGAACCACUUGUCGAACCAUGGACUAUUACGUUAAAAGGAUUUGUUGGCAAGUGCGGUGACAAGCAAAUGGACAUGGGUGAAAUGGUGCGUUCGUCUCCUUCGUCAAUCAUAGAUGCCGAAACUGAAAGCUCUGGCGACGAAAGCGAAGCUGAAAUGAAAUUUAUUAGAAAAUCAGUAAAAUCGAGAGAAACUUCGUUAGAGAAAUGGUACUCGGACGAUUCUGAUUCUGACAACGACACCGGGGUUAUGGACAAAUUAGCCAAAGCUGUAUCCCAUCUGAUUUCCGACGAUUUUAGUGACGAGGAAAUAACCAAUACCGACUCGAGUGACGAAAGCAUUGCCGAUCACGAUAUCAAACAACAGAAAAAUGACCGAACGUUGAAAAAAAAAUUAAGCGAUUCCAGUGACUCUGGUCUGGAAAACGAUUCUGAAGAGCUAGACUCCGCCACUUGUGUAGUAGUUGAAGCCGACAGACUGGAAGUUUCGUUCACUCCCGCCAGUUUGUCAGUUCUCGACACACUCGUCAAAUCAUUUUACAGUCCAAAAAAUUAUGAUUGCGAUUCAACUGAAAGUUUUGUCCUGGUCAAUGAUCUCGCGGUCAGAUCAAUCGUCAUGUUAUACCAAAAAAGCGAAAGAGGAUUAGAAAAAAUUCUGGAAGCGAUUGAUGGGUCGAGGACAUCUUCAAUAUCACGGCAAAGCAUUUCAAACGACUGUACUUUUGUAAGCAACAUGACAAGACAUUGUAACUUGGAGGAUAACGACCAUAAAUCUACGAAUACUAUUUACAGAAAUAUUACAGACAAUCAGCUCAACAUUAAAGUCGAGGGUUUUGACGACUUAAUUGUGGUAUGUCCUAAACGGACGUGUAACAAAUUGCAUGCACUUCGUCCAGUCAAAAACGACACGAGGUAUUGGAUUAUGGUUUGCGUGGUAUCAAAUAAAUUAUGCUAUACUAUUACAAUCAGGUCGCCGCUUAUGUUGAAAAACGACACAUCGUACCCGUUGAUGGUACACUAUAACCGCACGGAAGCCAUGGACGCCUUUGAGAUGGAUUCUGCAGUAAUAGGCGAGUCUGACAAUCCGUUUGAAGCGAUUUGCACAGCGACCAUCCUCGAUGCGGGAUCAGUCUACAACGUGCCUAUCGCUCUGGCUUACCAUUCCAAACUAUACUUAUCGCCGGCUAAUCUACAAAAUUAUUUUGUCAGCGAUACGGGAGUUUGGUGGCCCGAAAUGGCGGUCGAUACGAAUCCUGCAAAAGAUUUGGUAUGUGCAACUUCUAAACCGGACGAGCAGCUUGCGUUUUCAGUUCGUGUGGUCUGUGAAGAGGGAGAACCGGUGUUUAACCGGGCGUCGAGGGCCGUGCCAAACUACACAUUUAGGGCGGUUCCUCCUGUAAUCAUGCACAAUUUUCUACCGUUCGCUAUUGAAUUGAACUUCCCCAACUUCAAGCAUCGCAUCGAAGCGUCUGAAAAAAUUGACGUGUACGAGUUGAAUCUAACUCAUCGUAUCUUAAAAACCGAAUUGGUAGUACCUUCCUACUUGGGCAUAUCGUGGUCGGGUACUUUUAAUCUACGCAAAGAUCUGAACGAAAAAACUGUGAACAUGAGCACUGAGCACGACACGGAUGGCGGCAACAAACACCUUAAAAUAGCAGUGAGGGUGACAAACGAAGAUUCUUGUCGUAUUUUUAUCCACUCCCCGUACUGGAUCGUCAACAAGACUGGACUGCCGUUGCAAUUGAGAGGCUCGCGGUCCGACAUAGUUUACGAAUCUCAUUCGGAGGAGCCACUUUUGUUUUCUUACAAACGGAUGAAAAAGAGAAACAUCAAGCUAAGGGCUUACCACUCGAGUUGGUCAUCGGCGUUUUCCAUGGACACGGUGUACUGUCCCGGGCUAGUCGUUUGCAAGGACAAAGAGCGUCAAAAAAAAUACAGGAUUCUCAUGAAGCCCGUCUUAUCGCAUCUUUGUCCACAUUUGACGACCAUCGUGACAUAUUUGCCGAAUUUCUCAGUAGCAAACAACUCUAGUAGAAGUCUGCGGUUCAUGGAAGACAACCCAGAGGCCGAUCUGUGGACAGACGUUUUACAAGGACAAACUUUACCAUUUUGGCCUGAAACAGAUUCAAUGCGCAUGUUUGUCAAGUUUAGGGAUAGUAAAUCAGGGUCACAACAUUUUUCAAUUAUAAGAGAGCAACAGACUGUUCUUAGAAUGGAUAGAGGAAGAGCACUAGUGGUAAAAGUAACGGGUGGCGGAGAUAAUCCGUUUUUGAUAAGUUUUCAUAAAUUCCGUCAAAACGACGCUCCAGUAAGAAUAGACAACGUGUGUGAAGAUAUGUUUUUGAAAAUUCAUCAAAAGGAUUUGGGUCAGGUGACGUUGCUUAGUCCGAAUCAAUCCGUGUUAUACACGUGGGAUGACCCAACCGAGCAGCGUGUUCUCUACUGGAACGUGUACAGCAAAAAAUCCAAAGGGUUCGUGGCGAAAUUCGAGAAAGAGGGGUACGGCCAAGAGACGUUAAGUUUCUGUCAAGUAAAACCGCCCGAAGCCGGCAAUAACAACUUAAACUUGAUGAAGCUGAUAACCAGUCAGUCCCAAGAGCCCAGCGACACCAGCAGUAUCGAAGACUCGGACUCAGAUGAACCUCGAGCUAAGGUGACGUUUCAGUUGACAAAAACAAGAAAGGCCAAGAUAGUUGUCUACUGGGUGAGUUACGUAGAGGUUGGCGGUCAACGUGUGUUGUUGUUUACUCAAGACGAGAAAACGGCAUCUGUUGCCCGCAAGAAAAUACAAACAAGUCAUUCUUGCGUCGAUUCGGUCAUGUCUAUAAAAGGAGUCGGACUGUCUUUGAGUACAUCUCGCGGAGUACACACUGAGGAAAUCGCGUACGCUAGCCUGUCGGAUUCGGCAUCCGAAUGGAUGGUGAAAGUAGGCAACGUCUGGAAACCGUUUACGGUGGAGUUGGCAUGCUGGCUGGAAGAUAUGUGGGAGAACCACAACAAGAGAGCUCAUCUAAAAGACUAUGUUCAUGUGGAUUUUGAUAAGAUGCAAAUGAUCAAACCGUUCUUCGGACAACUGCGUCGUCUGUACAACCCAGCCGUGUGGAGCCGUUGUAAAGUGACCACAAAAAACACUGUUUUUCAGUUAAAGGUUCACAGAAUCCAAGUAGAUAAUCAAUUGUCGGACUGUACGUUCAAAACUGCACUGUACCCGACGCCCUCGUCCAAGACGUCGUCUCUUUUGCUGAGACCGUGCGUGGAGAUAGGCUAUUCAAAAACUACAGUCUCGUGUCAUUACGACGUUUACAAAUACUUCAACAUAAGAUUUCGAGAUUUCACGGUGCAGCUGGACAGAACGUUCGUCGUGAAGAUGCACAAAACUCUGUCACCUCUACUGGCCGUUUUCGAACGUCCGCUCGACGCCAGGUUUAGACAGGACGUGAGCUCGCUUCAUGCAUCCAAUAUGCCGCCAGGUAAAAAAUCCGGAAGGACGUACAUCGAAUCGUUCGACUGUUCACCGUGCCACGUGCAUCUGAGUUUUUCUGCCAAAGUAGCCGACCACUGCCCGUUGAAGGGCUCGAACAGUUUCACCACCGACGCUCUGUUGUACGUACUCGACGGCCAUGCUAACCGACUGAGCGACAUGAAAACCGUCAGCCUCGACCUGAACGGCUUGACCCGCAAAGGCAUUCACAAGGAAUCGUUCGAAUCGAUUUUCAGUUACGGAUGGAAGCAUUACGCCCGACAAUUAUUGAAACAGAGUCACGUGUACAUAUUUAAUUCGGACGUGCUGGAAAACGUUUACGAGGCGAACGACGAACGGCCAGACGCGUCCGAAUCGCCCGAAAACCAUUUGGGCACACUCUGCUGUGACAGUCAACACGAAGCGUUUGCCGCCACUGUCGAACGCCAAGAAAAAUGGGGAUUUACCGAAUCGCUACCGGAACGCGCAUUGGCGGCCUACAAAGGAACGGAAAUGUCUGUGCUGCUGUCUAUGUCUGGCGCAAUACAGAGGCCCCAUAUCGGGGGCGAAGACGACGGAGCCGCCGAGUCAUUCUUUAGAGGUCCCGGUCGGAACUUGUUGGCAGUACUGUCAAAAUCCAACGUAUCCGACAAGGUAUCGAUGGCGUACGACGGAGUGAAACGGGUCAUCGAGUCUGGCGAAGAAGUAGUGUUGCGGACGAGACUCCCGAGAUACAUCAACCCGAUGGGAAUGAAAAGCUACAGCUCGUACGAGGCGGUAGGCCAACACCUGUUCAGACUCCUAAGCCGUAUGCCGUCCAACGACGGUUAUUGGGCGCACGUUAGUUUUAUGCCGGAAGGGAAAAAAAUUCUUCUCAUUACUCUUAGACGGGUGAUUCUGGCCGAAAAGUGUCGCACAAAAGGACCGUGGGAAAUCGAAUGGAGCGUUUACGUGGACAACAUCACAGAAGUGCCGAAAAUCGAAGACAAGAAACUGACGUUCAAAAUCCGACAAGACGAAAACCAUUCCAGUUAUUUCUUUAGAGGAGACGAAAAACGCGUGGAAUACGACGACAAAGCGACGUUGAAAUGGAUCAAGGACAAGAUCGAGCAAGUCAUGAUGUUGAGCUACGAGGACAGCCCUAUGAAAUGACCGCCGUCACCGCUCUAUAAUUAAAACACAUAUUUCUUAGUCAGUAGUUUAGAUAACUGCAGUUAUCCCCACCGUAUUGUCCGAGUCAACACCUCCGAUCUGCGAAAAAAAUAUUAUAAUAACUAUAUCAAUGCAUUAUCUCGGAGUAUUAGUAUCUCACUUAACAUAUUAUUAAACAUAGAAUACGCCAACUCGGAAAAAUAAGCUGUUAGUCUUACAAUAAUUACUACAGGUGAAUCGAACAAUAAUUUAUGAAUGCAAA